AUGCUGCCACCGGAGCCCGAGGCCUAUCCUCCAGAUGUGACCUCCUUUGUUUCCUGUCAUUUGGCUGUCUUCGACAUGCAGAAGAGCGCCGAGGGGCCCUUCGCAUGGUUCGAGACCGAGGAUCCCUGCUUGGUCUCGGGGAACUUCGAGAAGAUCUGGAUCGCCAAGGGAUGCAUGUUCUUAGCGGUCAUCAUUUCAAUGGCCCACAGCUUCCCAGCGAUGGUGCUCUUCCUGGGAGCCAAGCAGAGGUUCGCAUGGCGCUCCCCGCAGCAGACAGGGAUGUUUAUGGCCACAGGCUGCGCCUUCUUCCAAAGUGUCGCUGUCAUUACUGCGGCCACUUCCGUGGUGAAGCCGGGCCUCAACGGUAUCGGCUUUUGGUCGACGAUCUGCGGCAUCUUGGCCAGCAUCACCUCCGCCACCUUCUGCAAGCUCUCAAAGGCGACCCUGAACAUGGAGGAGCCACCGGCACCGACCUCGGCCACCGUGGCGAUGGGAACCCGGGGGAUAGAUGCCUGGUCCCAACAAACCGCCGCUCAAGUGGAUUGGGCAAACAAGGAGUCCAAGAAGUCGACGCGUCGGGUCUAUCCAGAGACGGAGGGCAUGACCAGCGCUUCAAAUUGGACCUAUCCACAACCAGUGGUGAGUUAG